AUGAUUAUUGGAGGUGAACCAUACAGGGCUAUCAGCAAACCAAUUUUAACCUCUUUCGCCGUGAUAGAAUCAUUAUAUUUUUUAAAGGGUCUUAUUAUCAUUAUACUUGGUGCUCUAUGGUUUAACACAGUUGGAACAAGUAUACGUAGUCUUGUAAUAACGAAAAAUUUACUCAUAGCUGCAUUUUGUGUUGGAGGUCUUAUUAUAAUUUCAUUUUUUACUGCUAGCGUUGGUUUCUUUAAUCCAUUAAAACGUAAACGAUUUUUAUACGCACAUAUAUUUUUAAUUGUUCUAUCCAUUUUUGCCCUAUUGGCAAUGGGUGCAAAUGUUUGGUUUAAAACUUUGGAUGAAAGAAAACAUUUUGACGACAAAUGGAGAAAUUGUUGUGGAUAUUUUAAUUCAACAAAUUUAGCGGUGGUUUCAACUGCAUGUCCAAAUAAGUUGGUUAUUAAAAGUAAAGUUGGUUGUGUUGAUAGUAUAACACAGAAAGCUGACAAAUCAGCACGUCAACUAUUCACAACUUUAUUUGGCUUCAUGAUAAUCGACUUAUUUGCCUUCUUCUCCACCAUUGUGUUCAUACAAGCAAGGAACGUGGAAGAACGUUAUAUAAAAAUUGAUGAAAAACAUGGAAAUUUAGGCGAUCAAGCAUUAAAGAGACAAUAUCUGUGA